CACUGGCACAAAAUCAUGCGUCUGCCCUGUCUCUGGCGCUGGCGCUCCUUUCACCUCAGUGGCCGUCUCUCUAAAUACAAGCAGUCCGAGCACUUAUCGGCAGUGGGCUAUGCUGACAAUCUGGGAGUCUUCUUGGAAAGCUUGGAGGUGACCGUGUGUCCUCCAAGAUCUGUUGUGUUGGCCCAGCGUCUGCAUAACACCAUCUGUGGGCUGUUGAAUACACUGGUCAGAGUUCAAGCCCCAUUAAAGACCCUCUCCAUCAUACGGCUGGAGCUGGACCGUUCCUCCUGGGGCCAGGGCCUCAGAAAUACUGUAGUCAACAAACUCAUUUAUUUCCUCUUAGAAGGUCCCUCAAGACUUAAAAACAUUUGCCUGAUCAGGAUACGGACAGAGACCCAGCAGGGUCUGGAGCUGCUUUCUGCAAUAGUACAAAAUCAAAGAAGCCUCUCUCCCCUCUGUGGCCUUUCUUCUUUGGAUCUAAGAGGUUUCUUUUCUGUCACUGUGCCCAAUCACCUUAAUCGCAAUAUACCUCAAAUGCUGCAAAAGUUGCAAGGCCUCACCCACUUGGCUCUUAGCUACUCCUGGUUGUCAGAUGAACUGCUGCUGGCUCUCAGUGAAAGUAUCAGAGCGAGAAGGGUAAACUAUGGCAGAGAUGGUAACUUCCUGGAAAACCUUUCACUGUACUGCACUCAGAAUGAGCCACAUCAACAGGUGGUGUAUGGUUACUCAUGGGCCACUUUGGUGUCCAGCUGCCCAGAUCUAAAAGUCAGACUCACAGUCGAACAAGUCGUUGACACACAGCAGCUGGCGAGGAUCCUGCUGCCCGAGAUUCCACUCGUGGAGUACAACAUGACUGCAUUUUAUUCAACAGAUGAGAUCUGCAGCGCCAAGCCUCUGCUCCAAACCAUGCUGCCCUGGUACAGACACAGCCUGCAGAAUCUAACACUGGACCUGAGCAACUGCAGCGAGUCACUCGAUGAUGAGCUGCUGGAGUUGGUUAAUGUGUGUGAGAGCCUCGUAGAUUUGAGAGUCUGGGCUUUCUUGGAGAUCUCCACUGUGGGUCGGCUCCUGCACAUCCGGAUGACUAAAAGGAUGUCACUCAACAAGAUCAAAGUGCGAAUCUACACAACGGUAGAGAACAUAGAGGAGCAGGAAGAUCAGCUAAUGGAAAUACUAUCUCCCUUUUGUUACCCUCCUGAGCUACAGUUCCUGGCAGUCAUUUGCCCCUAUAUAUGACACCUUCA